GAAAACGAAAACGGGAAAUUGGAAAUGGAAAGAGCGGAGAUAGACGAUGUGACGAACGAAGUUUUGUUAUGCUUUGAAGAUGAGAAGAAUUUGUCAUUCAAUCCAGUAAUUAGCAAUUACUUCAAUCAAGGAAAUGUGGCUCGUAGAAAAAAUCGCAUGAAUAGGAAGAAAAAAAAGACUAGUAAAUGUAAUGGUAGUGGUGAAAUUAGUGAUGAUGAUGACGAUGAUGAUGAUGAGAAUGAUGAGGAUAGUGAUAAGGAUAGUGACGAUUGUCGUGAUUUUGCGAAGUUUGAUUUGGUCCCACUAUCAAAUUGGUUUGAAGUGAGAAUGAAUAUAUCUUUGCAGGAGUGUGAUAGUUAUCUUCCUCUUGAUAUUAUUCAGCAAUGUGCCAGCAAUGAAAACUUGUUUCUGCGAUGGUCAACGUUUCUGGCUGCUGGUUUUAAUCUUAUUCUAUUUGGAAUCGGUUCUAAACGAGAUCUUUUACAAAGCUUUUGUGAAAAAGAACUCUGCAAUCACACUUAUCUCAUUGUUGAUGGUUUCCAGCGAAGAAUCAACUCACAUGUCAUAUUUAAGUAUUUGGAGAAAAACCUUUCGUUGGAAGUAGUUCAGCAUAAUAAUCAUCUGGAAUACGCUGAUGCAAUUGGAAGUGCAAUUGAUAGUAAACGAGAAGAUGUUGUUUUAGUCUUGCAUAAUAUUGAUGGGCCUGGAUUAAGAACAUCUUUCGAACAGUGCGCUUUAUCCAAAUUUGGAAGGGCAAAAUAUGGACAUAUCAUUGCAACAGUUGAUCACGUCAACAAGAGUUUGUUGUGGUCGCAGAAAUUAUUGAAUGCCUUCAAUUUUUUGUUCAUCAAUGUAAAUACGAUGAAAACUUACAAGGCUGAAGUAUAUGCCAGUUGCUCAAAACUACUAAGGCUAUAUCCUAAAGAUUCGCGGCAUACACAUACAUCUGCGUCGCUAGAUGUAGUGUGGGUGUCGUUAACUACCAAUUCUCGCUCAUUGCUUCAUCUCAUUGCUAGAAAUUAUUACUCUAAAAAGAAACCAUUAGAGUUUUUUGAACUUCUCUGUUCAGCUAGAAAUUACUUCUUAGUCUCCACAGAUGCAGCACUGCGUCAGCAUCUUAACGAAUAUAGUGAUCAUCAUCUAAUUUUAUGUAAGCGGCACAGUGAUGGUAAUGAGUAUAUCUCGAUGGCCGUAGAUGAAGAAGUAUGUCAUUUUGAUUAUCUUGAAACUAAUAGUAAUUUGAUGCAUUGUCAGUCUCGUCAUUGA